AAACGUUUUUCUGCUUGCACAUCAUCGCGUUGUGAGGCUGUCAAUAGUUUCUAUGGAAAUGAGUCGAUAUAUUUGAUAAACAAAAGUGUAUUGACGCGCGGCAUCGAAGACCAGAUAUGUCACUAAUGCUAUCGUCAAGUGCUCAGCAAUCCCGAGAAAACGUCACCAAGGUUUGGACGCAGACCUGACAAUGGACGAAGCUGACAUUCUGCGGAACCACGUCCUCUAUCAGACGAGUUGGAUCGGGUGGCCCUGUAAUCACGGCCUGCCCAGCAAGCCCGGCUCACGGAGCUCCGUCGACAGACGAAACAAGAGUCCAACCCGUCAUAGCGUCACCGCCAACGACCGAAGGUUUUCACACACCAGCCUGGUGAACAGUCGGAGGUUUUCCUACAACAGUGUCAUGGUAGGCAGUUCCACUCGUCUGGGAAUCUCUAUCCAGGAUCUGUCGUCUGCAGCAGUUGCCACGGAUAAGUCUAGUCAUGUGCUGUCCUGGUUGGACAACACGAGUUCUAAAGGAUCCGCAUCAAAAUCUAGGGCUACAUAUGUGAUAUCGAGUGGAGGAAUCGGUGACGUCAGUAGCCAGUGGCAACCUGCAUUAACCGAGAGAAGAAACCUCCGGGUUAGCAGGAGGAAACCUUGGAAGGAAGAAGUUCCAAAAUUAAAGGCUACUAAAAAUACCACAGUCGAGCUUCAUUACGAGAAGAUUUUGCCAAAGGGGAAGUGGCUUGAGUACAAGAAGAGGGAAUACGUGACGAACCCCCGCUACGGACACAUUUACGAGCUGAGGACAAAGGUGCCACCUAAGAAGGAAUCAGCACCUGCCGGAAGCACGUGGCUUUGGGAAGACGAAUAUCGCAUUUGGCGCCUGGAGCUGGAUAGGGAACGACAGGAAGCGCUAGCAGGAUCCACAUCUCGCAAUGUUAGAAGUUCAGAUUCCAAACUUGGUCGUGUUCCUAAGACAAGGCGGAAAAUGACGGUGAUUCCCAAACCGCAUGCUGAUCUGUUUGCUAUGUACAACGGCUACAGACUGGUUAAACAGCGUCGACAGAACGCCGCCAUUGUUAUCCAGAAGAUAGUCCGCGGAUGGCUGGUCCGACACAGAAUCAAACAGCUUAAACAUCAGUGUCUCCUUGCGCUGGGGCAGGCUUGGCCACGCUUUGUUAAAGAAUACCGUCAGCUGGUGACCCGGAUACAGUCCAGGUAUGGAGUCAUGCGCACAAGCUGUCCGUUCGAUCUCAGGCAGGUGAAGGAGUUCCUGGAGCGAAAAGAAAGAUACGAACGCACAUUUGAGCGGAUGUCAGACGCACGCGUGGAGAAGCUACCACGUGACGAUCUACCAGAGUACUUCCGGGCGUGCGGCCUUCACCCUACCGAGGGUGAAAUCAACGCCGCUUUUAGCAACAUCUUCAGGGGAUCCGGAAAUACUGCUGAAGUUAUCUUUGUUUUGGACUGUUCUGCACUUUUGGGACAUAUUAACUUUCAAUGUCAAAUGCUCUUCCUAAAAGAUGUCAUUUCCGGUUUGGACGUGGCGCCAGAUCGAGUUCGAGUGGGACUUAUUCCAUUCAACGAAGACAUCAUUCAGGCUUUUGGACUGACCAAACAUGCAACUAAAGAAUCACUACUGGAAAACAUAGAAAACAUUGACCUAAAGAGUGGCCUUACAAGAACUGAUUUGGCUUUGAAGAUGAUGAGGGAAAUGUUUCAGGUGUCGAGACCAGGUGUACACAAAAUGGCGAUCAUAGUUACAGAUGGACGAUUCAGUGAUAUCGACAAAACAAUUAAAGAGGCUAAGAAGUGUCAACAAGACAAUAUCGAAGUAUAUGCUGUUGGUGUGGGUCGUGAUGUCAAUGCAGGGGAUCUGGCAGCCAUUACCGGAAGUGACAAGCGAGUUCUUGCUGUCUCAAGCUACAAGACUCUCACUUCCAUCAAGGACAUCGUAAGAAAGAGAGUUUGCCUUCCAGUGAGCGACCAAGCCGAGUCUGACGGCAGCCCUCCCCCAGUCCGCGACGCAUGUCGUCCCUUGACUCGCGAGGAGGCCCUGGAGGUGGUGUGGACCCUAUACCCACCACAAGCAGCUGGAAUCCAAGCCCGGAAAUCUCGCUGGAUUCGCCCUGUAGUUGGCGGAACUGAGGCUUGGUCACUCCUCGAUGAACGCAUCUGCCACCAGACUGACUUCAAGACUUGUCUCAAGCUGGUCAUACAGUCCCGACUGGCGAGAGAGGGCUUCGUGUCCAUCCCCAGUGACUUGAGACAGGGGGUCGAGGAGGUCACAGACCUAGACGAAGCAAUGGCGAAGAUAGACAGAUACCUUGCCACCAAAAAGCCUAUUGUCUAAAUCAGUUGUAUGAUAGACAAAACAAAGACGCUAGGUCACGUGAAAAUCCCUGAAAAUAUGCCAGGUUAACUGCAUCACAAUUAAUCCUGUUGAUGACCGACGGGUUAAAUUACUGUACCUUCCGUGGCACGUAAAAACAAUUUAAGCAACCAGUCAAAUAAAUGUAUAUCUUCAUGUUGAAAUAACAGGCAUGAUUUUGAGGUUGGGGUGCAUUGGCGUAGCCAGGCUUUUAAAUGUGGGUGUGUGUGUGUGGGGGGGGGGGGG